AUGGCCUCCCGUCGUGCAUCGACCCGUAAUGUUUUUAUCGAGUUCUCUCACGCCCCUGGAGAGAUCAAGGGUGGCCUCAGUGCUGCUCCCACCUUGACCACAAGACAAUUUCUGGACAUGAUUUAUCUUGUCUUCCAUGCUUCUGGGGGAUUCGAAACUCGGCUUUACAGAUCGACUGCUCCUGUGGUACCCAGUGACCAGCCUCUGGAGCAUGGCCGCUACAUUCUUACUCCUUCUGUCCCCGACACAGAAAUGCAGGUGAGCCACAAGUGCUACCACCCAAGGACACUGUCUCUCUCCAAUACUGCGCGCAAUGCUUCAUUUGCCCAACAAGUUCGCGCGCGGGAUGGACGAUGCGUUAUUACGGGUCAAAUAAAUAGGACAGCGGAACAUGAUAUCUGGGUUGGUUUUGAUGCCGCUCACAUCUUUCCCCUUGCUCUGGACAGCAUCUUUGCGAGCCAAGGUUUCCAACAUGUCGUCACGCAUAAUGACCCCCUUGGGGUCAAUUCCCUCCAGAACGGACUGCUACUCGAUUCCGCCAUCCAUCAUCUCUGGGAUUGGUACUCUCUAGCAGUUAACCCUAACGACGGAUACAAAGUAGUCAGUUUUCAACCCCACACCUGGGACCUUCAUGGACGGAUCCUCGAUCCAGUCUGUCGACAGCCUGGGGAUCCAACCCACGUCCUGGAUGCACUACUCCAAUGGCACUAUGAACAGGCGGUGCUCUGCAAUGUGCGUGGGGAGGGAGAAGCCGCUUUCGAGUUUGACUUUCCUGAAGGGUCUGACAUGAUGGGGCAGAUCCAGGAAGAACCUCAAGGAGCAGAGAGGAUGGAGGCAGAGUUGUUCAACCGUCUGUGGGGUCAUUAUGAAUCGCCGUCUCUUACGGGACCGUCUCAAGACGCCGCUAGCUAA